AUGAUUUGCGGAGACAAGGCUCUUGAUAUAGAGUCCUUUGCCAAAUCAGUGCAGCUCUUGGUGCCCUGCGCUUCGGGAACAACUGCUUCGGGACAGACCGCUUGUUACGCAGCCUUCCAAGCUUCAGGUCGGACCCCAAGCUCUGGCCAGAUCCACAUUUUGUUCCUGAACAUUUUUGCUACCGAGAGCUACCCUUUCAUGACCUUGGUGUCAGAUUGCUUGGAGGUGGCGACAGCCAUGAUCACCAGUGGGAGCAGUUCCCAUGUCUUGGAGAUUGAAGGUGUUCGCAGCGCUGAUUUCCCGAACUCGGGCUGGCACUUGCGAUUCGGCGCCGGCGGUGCCGAUUUCAAUUCUUGUUUGCUGGGAGCCUACGGGUUGUUGCUGGCAAGUGGUCUGCUGGCAUUAAGCCAGGAAUCAGAAACCCAGACUGUGUGCAAUCUCCUCGCCGGAAUCGCGGUGUCCUGCCCAGACCGUGGCCGUGUGGUGGACCCGAAGGUACGCACGUUGCGCGCCAUGACGCAAACUACCAUCGAGCAUAAACGCCAUCGCCGACUGGAUUUGGUGCUUGCAGCAAGCCUUAUGAAAAAGCUUCUCAAGGCUAGCUGUAAGAAGCUUGCUGAUGGCAGCAUCGAGACUGAUGAGGUGUCCAAGGAGAUUUCGGCUCUCAUCAAGAAGUACAAUUCUGGCAUGUUGCAUGGUGUGGGUCAUCAACUUCGUGGCCGUGCAGCAUUCGCGAUACGCAUGGCUAUGUCGGAGGAACACCUUCCAGAGGAGGUCUUUUGCCAGAUGGUGGCAUCAUCUGUGGACAUGCGUUUUAAUGACAUGCUGCUCGAGAUGCGCCCCUACAAAGGCUCGGAAAAAGCCCAGCUUCUCAUCUUGAAAGAGAUGCUGAAGGAUGACAGGGCAGAGAACCUGGAGCGGCAACAGUACCCAACGGCUGGGUUGAGUGGCUUAGUGGGCCGCUGUAAUUUGUUUGUGAACAUCAUGGUGGACCUGAUCGAUCAUGCCAAUGUCAUGGAAGAUCAGAAGGAGCAGCUGAACAAAGCCUUCGAGGAUGGCAGGCUUACGGCAAGACUUGACAAAAUGCUGGCCAUCUCGCUGCCCGAAACCUACGUUCACACAAAAGACUUUGGAGCCCUUGUCAAAGAGAACAUCCCCAUGAUCCAGGAGAUUUUGCUGGGCGCUCCUGCGGCUUCCCCGAUGGCCUCUGUGGAGUCAGCUCAGGCUGAGGCAGACAAAGAGGCCGCCGACCUUAGAGCUGCAGAAGUUCAACGCAAGAUCUGGCUCCAGAACUUCGAACACGACUGGGCAAUUUUUGAGGCUGCUUGCCUUGCAAUUGGCCCAUUGGUCCCUUGUUCCAAUGCUCUUUGA